AUGGCGCUCGUCUUUGCGUUGUUCGCGCUCGGUCUGUUCUCGAUUCCACAGAUCGAGGCUGGCAUUAUCCCUACGACUUCCCUCUCCGACUGGGAUCUGCUGGCAUCGCCAACUCCCGCUCCACCAGACACUCCACCUGGCGCCUACCUCCAUCUCUUCCCACGCUCCGACAGUCCACCGCGCGAGUUCAACAAGCGCUGCAUUUCCACGGAUACGCCAUCUUCGACGAGCCAAACCACAGUCCGAGUACGACUGUCGCACCUCUACCUCAGUUUCGACAACGUUGACGAGCUCGGACACCGCGACGAUGGCCUCCACAAGCACAACGUUCACCAAUACUCCGUCGAGUACAACGUCAAUGUCGACCGACACGUCGACCAGCACCACCUCGACGGGCACGUCAACAAGUACUACAUCGACCGAGUCGUCAGCAAGUACUACCGGGUCAUCGAAAACCAGCACACAAACGUCGGAAGGCGCUACAGAGACGUCCACAAGCUCAACCCAUACGUCGAAAAGUGCCACUUCCACCGACACGUCCCCUCUUCCCUCUUCGGACUCUACCGCACUUCCACCAACUUCUAUAAUUUCGAAUACGGACACAUCGAACCCGACUUCGGACUCGACCCUUGCUUCCACUUCACUUCCUACCGUCAUACCAACAUCCCUCCCAUCCUCCCGUCCGACGUCCAUCUCAACGUCAGUACCCAUUUCCAUCUCCGCCAUAGCCUCACCGCGGAUCCUAUCACAAGCACGCCGCCGGUAUUGUCUCCAAGCUCAAGCACCUUGUCGGGCGUCAUCACCACUGUGGAGACUACGACGCUCACUACGAACGGCCAUUUGACCACCAAAACGUACACCACGGUCAUCCCCACCGGCAACCUCAUUCCAGGAGAUGGGAAUAACCCGAACGUCUUUGCUCACAGCAAGGGGGCUCUAGCUGGGUUGAUCGUAGGUUGCGUGGCUGUCGCCGGCGUCAUCCUCGCGUUGGCUAUCUUUGCUUCCCGGCGUCACCGUGUACGCCAUGCUGAAAACGCCGCCCUCAACAACUGGAGUAACCGUGCGAUGACCCUCGACGACGAAGCAGCACCCGGCUCGGAGACACACUUCAUCGGCGCCGGAUCUGCUUCCCGCAGCGGUCCGUUGUAUGAUCGACUCCGUGGUGGAAACAACCCCGGCUCACCCGGCGCGGAAGGCGACAGUAGCCUCAGCAGCGCUGACGGCCGCGCCCAGGGCACCGCCGGUGGGGGCCUCCUCCCUCCCAUCCCGAUGCUCAACCCGAUCGGCGAUGGCGAGAGCGCGAUGCUCAUGCACCCCGCCAACCGCUCCGCCACGGAGUUCAACGAGCCCGACCUCGCGAAGGCGCACCCGCCCCCGCCCAAGUCGCCCGCGCUCUCGGAGAUCGUCGCGGCAGUGGGUGCAGGCCCCGCAGACGGCGCGACGUGGGUCGGCGGCCACCCGGCGCUUUCGUAUCAGUCCAUGCGGCAGGGCUCGCCGAUCUCUCCGUCGUCGCCCUCUCCGGUGCUGCGCCCUGCGAGCGAGGACUCGGUCUACUCGGAUGACGUCUUGUCGAUGCGGCAGUCCACGGGCAGCCCGGACUUGGCGUCGGACACUGCGGCGGUUGCGGCCCUCGGAGGGCUCUACUCCGCCUACCAUCCCAGCGUGUCGUCGCACGACCACGACCGGUCCUCCGGCCACGACCACUCUUCCGCACACGGGCAUUCGUCUUCCGCGCACGGCCACGGCGCGGGCUCCUCGUCAGGCGGGCACGGCAGUUCCAGCGGACACCGCGCCUACCUCGGCUCGCACGACAGCCACCAGCCGCUCAUCCCGCACUCGCCCCUGCUCUCACGCAGCCCGCCGCCUAUCGCUCCCCCCUCAAGCCUCCUGCCCACACACCGCCAGAGCAGCGCCGCGAGCAGGCGCCGCGGCCCCACCGAGGACGACGAGGGCGAAGACCGCCGGAACAGCCGCGUCAGCGGCCUCUUCGACCGCUCCCUCCGCGGCCUGCGCCUCCGCUCCGCCCGCGGCAGCAUCACCUCACUCUCCUCGACCUCCCCCGCGCCCGUCUCCUCCCCGUCCGCGAGCACGACCCUGCUCGCGAACGUGAGCCCGCGCGCGUCCACACACGCGUUCGCCUCUGCGCCCGCGCCUGCACCCGCGGCCGAGCCCCCGCGGCCUUCGAGCAUAUAUCGCCCACAGAGCCCGGCGCUCGCUGGCGUCCUCCGGCGCACGUCCGCGGCGUCGUCGAUCCCCGCGGGUGCCGCGCCGCCCGCCGUGCCGGCGGCGCGCGCGCCGUGGGCCUUGGCGCUGGGCCCGCUGCCGGAGCCGAGCCCCGCGCUCACGGAGGGCUCGAGCACGCACGCGCCGGACGGGCUGCUCGACCCGCGGUUGGGCCUGCUCGGCCAGCACGGGAUGCGGAGCCAGGGCGCGAUCAGCUUCCGGGACGACAUGGACUACUCGCGGCCGAUUGGCGGGCUCGUGAACAACCGGCAGGACAGCCGGAUGACGAUCCAGACGGUGUCGUCGACGGUGGACACCCUCCCGCGGCCGUCGCUCGAGUCCCGCGACACGGAGACGACGGAGAUGGCCGGACGGCUGGACGGACGCGGGCAGGCGUUUUAG